UCAUUGUAAUCGUACGGCCAGUGUUUGUGUCCAAUCCAUCACUGUCGUUGAAGCCAAACCCAAUCUCGUAAUGCUCGAAUAUGGGUUCCGGGCAAGUAGGAGGUUUAGCCGCGCGAAGUUCAUUCGUGUUUCCGAUGAAUGGCGGCGUUGUGAAGCAGCUCCAAAUUGCCUCAGUCUCUCUGAAACUCUCAAGUAAUAAUAAUAAUAAUAAAAUAGGGGCGUUAUCGAUAGAUGAAAUUCCACCGAACGCCGUUCGCCGGAAACGAGACCCGCAGUGGAGAGGAGGAUUCAGUAUUGGUGUAGACUUGGGAAUGUCCCGCACCGGCCUUGCUCUCAGCAAAGGCUUCUCCUUCCGUCCUCUUACCGUUCUGAAACUGAGAGGACAAAAGCUUGAAUCUCAGCUAAUUGAGAUUGCUCAACAGCAGGAGGCAGAUGAGUUUAUAAUAGGGCUUCCAAAAUCCAAUGAUGGGAAGGAGACACCACAGUCCAACAAAGUUCGCAGCGUUGCGGGAAGGCUUGCUGUGAGAGCUGCCGAGAGGGGUUGGAGAGUAUACCUGCAGGAUGAACACGGCACGUCUAUGGAAGCCAUGGACCGUAUGAUUAACAUGGGCCUUGGCGAGUCUGCUCGGAGAAACAAAAAUGAUGCUUAUGCCGCCAUGAUGGUUUUAGAGAGAUACUUCUUUACAUCAGGCGAUGCAACUGAAAUUGUACUGCCCAAGAAUGUCGAUCUACAAGAGAAAAUUCUAAGGGGUCCGCCGGAAGAUAUUGAUUUUUUCCCAUGAAGAAUAUUAGGUUUGCCAUUUUGCCCUCUGCUAGAAAAGUGAAAAUUAUUGGUCGUACAGUUUCAAAGAAAAAGAAGAGAGAAUUAUCAAAUUAUCAGAGAGAUAUUUUGGAGGAAUUUUUCGUUCUUACUUUUCCAAUAUAUAUAUAUAUAUAUUUUCUCAUUGGCCUUUUUUCUUUUUUUUAAGUUUUAUGUAGAAUAUGAAAGUUUCUUUAUAUGUAUAUAUAUCUUACGUAAAAUAUUUAUGAAUAAUGUACACAUCACUCUAAUAUUACACUGCAUUAACUUGGAUAAUAACGAAACACCCCAAACCAAAGUCAGUGGUUGCCUAUUUAAGGCAAUCCAAGUAUAUAAUUAGAUUUGUCUAAUAUAGCACUGUUUAUUGUUUCGGUUAAGUCAUGUCGUGCAGAGGUUUCGUUAAUUCGUCUGCCUCGAUCAGCAGCUGCUUUAUCCAAUCCAAGCUAUCCGGACAUGUCGUUGUCCUGUUUGCAAAAUCAGAUAAUAUUUACUGAUUUACCAUAUCGUGCCAGAGUCUGAAGCAAUCACAGGCUAACUACGCCUGAAGACCCGACAAGCAAACAAAUUUUUGCUAGUCAAUGCAGCUUCUGUAGUUCUAUGCAUAUAAAGCUGAACUCCAGCUCCUUGAUCUUCCAACUAAUUUGCUUUCCAGCUUUAAAUACAGCGCCUAAGUUUUGAUUAUAUACAAGAGUAUGUUAAUUACAAUUCCUACAACAAUAGGUAUAUCCCCAAACUUGUAUGCACAGAACUAGCUUUCCAAGUGCAAAUUACCAGAGCCCCAGCAGCACACCCAUAAACUUGAAGCAAUCUUCAUUGCAAAUUAUAGCUCCGCUUGAAAACUGAAACCAGUAAAACUAUAGUUAUCUUAUGUGACAAGUAAAGGGAUAGGAAAAGCAGCGAUGUACAUGUGUGUGUUUUCUCUAUAUGAUUGCGUCCAUGAUGAGCUCAAUGGCGAAUGUCCGGGAUGGAAGAAGAAAGACAGUUAAUUUUACGAGGAUGUCAAGAUGGUAAGAAGUCUGGAACCUUGCUCCAUUUGGCUCCUGUGACAAUCCUGCUCCCCCUUCUGGCUUGCGAAAGAAGGAUAAAUCAGGGUGGAAUAUUAUAGUCAUCUGCCAACAGAUACACUAAGGGAAAGGACCAAAAACAAAGAAGAUUAGCCCAACGUUGCUGCAGCUAAAGUUCCCAAGACAAGUAACACUUUCCACCACACAGAACAAAGAUACCACUCGGUGCAUUAGAAUUUAGAAAGCAAUACAUAGAACAGCGGAUAUUCAUAUGGAAAUUACCACAAUUAAUUUUGCCAGACGUACUAAAUUGUUCAGUCUCAGCAUUCAUCUUCACUUCCAAUCAGAAAAUCACAAUAUGUACUUAUAUUGUGAAGCACCUUCUGAGAGGUCAACACGAGCUAAUAGCAAGCGUGGUUUGCCCAUCCCUUCUUUUAGAC